AUGGCGACAUCAACGACCGCGAGCAGCAGCAGCAGCAGCGUGGGUGCUUUCCGCUCGCUGUACAUUCACACGCACGAUGUUUCUCGAUCCCUUAAACCGUCCGCUGAUGGAGAGCUCGCUCACGCUGUUCACCAAACGCUACACUUCGCUCUCGAUGGACACCCUGAUGACUACACAUCUCCAUCGACCAACUCGGGUGCUGGAUCGGGCUGCGACCCGCUAGCAACGAUGCCUACCUCUACUUCUACCUCCUCUGCGAACGGCACCUCUGCCUCUGCUUCUUCCUCCUCAUCAUCGGCAAACAUCAAGAAAGGAUUCUUCCCGACCAACGACCCAGAACGACCCUACAUCUCCUACCACUGGAAUCCACGGUCCUCCACACUGGCCCUGCCCAACCCAGCAACUAUCACCAGCCCCAUCGCUGAUCCAUGUUCGCCCGACCACAGAAGCUCCUACGACAUCACAGCCAAAUUCUUCUUUCUCGACCCCUGCGACAUCUCUUGCGAACUUGUAGAUGAUGCUCUCGCACGCCUCACUUCUACAACCGGCAUCAUCACGGUCGACACCCUAGUGCUGUCCUUCCCUACAAUCGAUCUCGAUUCAAGACCACACAAACAAGUCUCGGCACAAUCUGCAGAUGGUGAUGCUUCCACCGACAGCAACGAAUCUCCAUCUUGGGUGAAGCGAGUGGCAGAUGUUUGGUCACACGUAUCUCAGAACGCUCAAAUAUUCUCACUUGGACUUUCAGACAUCUCUCCUUCCAAUCUUGACCUUCUCCUGACGUCGUUCUCUCCACCUAUACAACCUCCCUCGAUGCCUCUUUUCUCACCUGCAAUUCCUCUUUCCACCACGUCAAGUGAACCUUCAACAAGCACAACACAAUCAGCACUAGCGCACUCUGACGUCCCACAAUUUUCCGUUCCCUACCCCAACGCCGCACCCGGGUCAAUGUGGAACCUCGAAUAUUCCCUCACCAGCAACGCGCGCAGACCACGCAUCGUUUCGAUAAACGUCAAACAAGAUCCCUGUGCUUUCGACAGGGAAUUCGAUCAAUACUGUGCAAAAAUGGGAAUUCAAUUGGUAGCUCAUAGUGACAGGAAGGAUGUGUUGCCACAGAGGACUCUGCCAGGGUUGAUGGACGAGUUCCAAGGAAAGUUGCCGAUCAAAAUGGAAGAAGGGAGGAAAUUGAAGCCGAAAUGGGCGUUGAAGUAUACUACACUGAUUAGAGACAGAGGUGUUUUGGCGGAUAAAGGAUACAUUGUAUAUGUCGAGACCGAGUGA